UGAGUUAUUUUCCUCCAAAAGUCACAUGACCUUUUGGGUAAACUGGUCUAGCCCGCGCUGUCAGCAAACAGCAUCCAACAUCUGGAGUAUGUCUCACAGCUUCAGCGGCAGCUUCACUGCUGUUUGGCUUGCAGGGAAUGCAGGGAGUGUUUAUUUUCUGUGGCCGGUAGCACCACACGGAGAGGGAUUUUCUCUGCUGCCCAGCAGAGAGAUUAAUUGAAAAAAGAGAAAACAUUGGGGAGGGAGGAGAGGGAGGGAACUGGUGAGGAAGAGGAAGGAAGCGCUGGCCUAUAUAAAGAAAGAGAGUGGAGCAAGAGCAGAGAGGAGUGGUUUGUGAGAACGUUUUAGGUGACCAACAGAGCCUGAACUGUGAGUAUGACAGAGCAGUAAACUGGAAACUACAACAGCUGAGGUGCAGUGACAGGAGCCACCUGUGUGUGUAUGUGUGUGUGUGUGCAUUUGUAUUCCCAUGCAGGUGAAAAUAUAGUGUUUGUAAAUCAUCUGCUUGUGUGUGAGUGUGUGUGUGUGUUGGAACAUGCCGGGGUUUGUGAGCAGCUCAAAGGUGCGACGCGGCCUCACCUUUGCUACGGGUCUGGUGGAGUGUCUGUGUUUUGCUGGAGCUGUGUUCGGAUGGGCCUCGCUUGUUUUUGUCCUGAAGAAGGAGGACUACUUCAGCUCUCUGUGUGUCAACACCACAGUCAAUGCAACACAGGUCUUAGAUUGCAGCGGACAGGAUGAGCAGUUCUCCCUUGUUUUCACCAUCGCCUCGUUUAUGAACAACUUCCUGACGCUGCCCAGUGGUUUCCUCUUUGACCGGUUUGGUACCACAGUGGCUCGGCUCUUUGGAAUAUGUCUUUACACCCUGGGUUCUUUGCUGGUGGCCUUCUCGAGUGCAGCUUUGUCAAACAUGCUCUUCCCUGCUCUCUCCUUCCUGGCAGUGGGCGGCAUCCUGUUUCUAAUGACCAACAUGCAGGUCGGAAACCUGUUCGGCUCACGUCGCUCCACCAUCAUCACUCUCUACAAUGGCGCCUUCGACUCCUCAUCGGCACUCUUCCUUGUCAUCAAGCUGCUACAUGAGGCUGGCGUCGCUCUCCGCUCUUCCUUCCUCUUCCUGUCCGUCUGUAGCUUCAUUCACCUGCUCAGGACUUUCUUCCUGCUGCCUAGAGACCACAUUCCCUACCCGCUGCCUGAUGACUACACAUACGGGAUAACCUGCGGUAAAUCAAGGAGUCUGAGCUUAGAGCAGACAGCAGCCAAUAGUAACACACUGAAGAUAACGGAGGAAACACCCCUCAGGGAUGUCACUGUGAAACAAGAGAAGAGUUUCCGUGAGUGUUUGAUGUCCAGGUUCUUUGCGUGGCACCUGCUCUGGUUGUCUGUAAUGCAGCUCAGACAUUACCUCUUCAUCGGCACCCUCAACCCGAUGCUGCAGCGGCUGACGGAGGGAGAGCCCUCACUGGUGAGCCAGUACACCAAUGCCUUUGCUAUAACGCAGCUGUGUGGCGUGCUGUGUGCUCCCUGGAACGGCCUCAUCAUGGACAGACACAAGGGCAAACCUCGUGCUGAAGGAGAGAGCGAACAGGAAGCAGACCUGCGGGCCUCAGUGCUUUCUCUCUUCCUGACGACGCUGCAGUGUGUGUUGUUCUCAGUGUGUGCCUCCACCCCGUACCUGCCGCUUCAGUACCUCACCUUCAUCCUGCAGGUUAUCAACCGCUCCUUCCUCUACGGCGGAAAUGCAGCCUUCAUCAGUGUGGCCUUCCCGUCGUGCCACUUUGGGAAACUGUAUGGUCUGGUCAUGGCUCUGUCUGCAGUGUUUUCUCUGCUGCAGUAUCCCUGCUUUGCCCUGGUGAAAGGCCCUCUGGAGGGAGACCCCUUAUACGUGAACGUUGGUCUGACGCUGCUCAGCCUGCUCGCCUUCAUCCAUCCCAUUUCUGUCUACCUGCACUGUCGAAGACUCGCAUCCCAGCGAGCCAUCAAUGCCUCCUCUUAAAGUCUCAUGUCAUGUGAGACUCACUUAAAAAUGCCCUUAAUAUUACUUAAUGACACUAUUACCUCUUUGGCUUGUUUGAUUGAUUAAUUGUGCUUGUGUGGCUGUGUUGUGUUGUUAUAUGUAUCAUCACAUGCUUGUAAAGGCAUUUCAGGUUGCAGUGAAGUGUGGUUUUGUGUACAAUCUCGGUGCAUUUGCCACAUUCUCAGAUCAUGUUCACAGCCAAACUGAAUGUAUUCAUACUUAUUAAGAGCUUCUGGUUUACCUCUUGUAAGAUUUCCAGGAUAUAUCAUUUUACUUUCACUUUUAGAUCUUUUUUUUUUACACUCUUUUACAGUUUGAGUGUGUCACCUGAUGGUGCUGAUGAGCUUUUUGGAAACAAAUCCUCAACAGCUAACAGCUUUGUCUGUUUUUACAGUUAAAAUUCCUUGUGCUUGCUGCUUCUGAUUACUGAGACAUGUUUUAUGUUUCUUUUUUCAUGUAAGCUCAUAUUUUAAUUUUAAUUCUGGACAUUUUUUUUUAAAUAUAUUCUGUGUCAUACUAGCCAUCUAUCACAUCAUGUUUACGGUGGUUUCACAGUACCAAAAGAUAACAAACUGUAUUGUCAAAGCUGAAAAAUUGUGUCAUGUAUUAUGACAUUUUGUCAGUAUUCAUUAGUAUUUUUCUCUAACUGUAUGUUUUUGUCUACCUUGAAAAUAGAGCAUGGGAUCAAGGAUGUGUGGAAGGAAAAAGCUGAAUGUAGUCAUAGUGUAAGGGACGAUUGGGGCUCAGAAUCACAAAUGUCAGUUUGUGUUGUUUUAAUGGAUCAAUCAGUGAGUGAUAACCCAGGCAGCCUGUCUGUCGGGACAAAGGUCCUGUUUGCUUGCUAACAUGGCACUGAUGUCUCUGCACUGACUGCAUGUGAGUUCACUCAGAUACAUCAAAUAGAGCAGGCGACACAGCUCUGCCAUCUGCUGGCCUCUCAGUGUAGCUCUGAGCUACUGAUGUCACUGUUGAGCCAAACAUAAACAAGCAGGAGACUGAGCUCCUUUUAUGUUUCGUUGUUUCUGACAUAUGAAGUCUCAGGUGUUCAGUGUGUCUGUGUAGUUCAGUAGGAUUCUGUUUUCCAUUAAAAAAGCGAAAUAUGUUUCUGUUUACCAGUAAGUUUUAUGUUUUCAGGUCGACUAUACAUUUUGCUGAAGUGCCACGCCUGAAGUGGUGGUAAUGUUGUUCAAAUGUAAUUUUAAAUAUGCAAAUUUGUCGUCGUGCUGCAAUUAAAUUUAUCUUUUGAUAUGAACUUUAGUAUUAUAGUAAAGGGAACUAUUAUUUUUUACUCUUUAUUCUUGAACAAAUAAAUAUUUUAUUUUUUUUUAACUAUUGUGAGAAACAUGGUGCACUUGCAGGGAACUGCCCACUUCAGAUAGUGUCGGAAAUUAUUAAUAAUGACAUGCAAAUAUCAAACCAAUAAAUUUUGAAGGCUAAACCAUGAAUUCCUUUUUUGUUCCGAGUGUUCACAGACUCCGUGUUUGCAGUUGAUUGACUUUUGACAGAUUGGUGUAUUUAAUUCAGCGUGAGCUGCACAAGGUCUAAUUUCCAUUAAUGCAAAAUUUAUUGUAAGUUAUGUUUGUGGUCAUUAAAGGAUCCGAAAGUCA